AUGGCUUACACUGCAGUUGCCAUGCCUACCUCUACAGCAGCUACCACUGCAAGUAUGGACAUUGGAAGAGAGCAUAAUGGUCUUCGUCGCUCUCAGUCCAGCAAAGAACUACGCACAAGCUCCAUUAUGCGGAGGUCUUAUUCUGACAACUACAUAUGUUGCUCCAUCAAUCGCACACAAGCCACAUCAGUGACACCAAAACUUAAGCGCAAUCGGUCAAUGGGAAUUUCCCCAUUUCAAUUUUCAGGCUCCAUUCUUCCAAACUCACUGCGCUCCUUCUUGUUUGACCCAGAAACAAGCAAGGAUAUUGGUGUCGGAGAGAAGGAGGUAGGUAUUGAGGAAAACAUAAUGGAAAGCAGCAAAGAAGAAAGAGUAAAUAGAGCCAACUGGGUGGAGAGGCUUAUGGAAAUCAAGAAACAUUGGCGAAACAGAAUGCCAAAAGAAAGCAUGGAUCCAGAUGUGAUAUGCAACAACAAUAAUUAUGAGGAAUGUGAAUGUGAUGGAGAUGACAGUGUUUGUGUGGUGGGUGAAGACGAAGACGAGGAAGAAGUGACAUAUGAUGGCGACUCAUUCUCAGAAUUUCUUGUUCAAGUGCCAUGGUCUGAUACCCAGCUGUACUCUCAACUUGCUUUCCUUUGCAACAUGGCCUAUGUAAUACCUCAAAUUAAGGCUAAGGACUUGCGACGAUACUACAACCUUCAAUUUAUAACAUCUUCUUUAGAGAAGAAGGCCGAAGUGGCUAAGUUAAAAAUGAAAUUUGAUCAGGACUCCACUCGCGUUCCUAUAGAUGACUCGGUAGCCUCUCAAGGUGUCACAAAGAAAGACAAAGAAAAUACACAGAAGCAUCAGAUCCAAGUUGCUUAUGAUAUCGCUGCCUCAGCUGCCUCUUAUGUCCAAUUACGAGCUAAGGACCUCUUGUACCUUGCUGCUAAGUCACAAAAGAGUAAAAGUGAAGAGUCUAACGAAGGAGGAGAAUCACCACGAGAAGAGCUGGAAGGCACUUCGCGAGGUUACAAAUCAGAGGUUGCAGCUUAUGUAGCAGCAUCCACAAUGACAGCAGUGGUUGCAGCAGGGGAGAAGGAAAAACAAGAAGCAGCAAAUGACCUCCAGUCACUUCAUUCCUCACCUUGCGAAUGGUUUGUCUGUGAUGAUCCAAGCAAUCACACUCGAUGCUUCGUGAUUCAGGGGUCAGACUCCCUGGCAUCCUGGCAAGCAAACCUCUUCUUUGAGCCCACAAAAUUUGAGGGCACAGAUGUACUUGUUCACAGAGGAAUUUAUGAAGCUGCAAAAGGAAUAUACAAGCAAUUCAUGCCGGAAAUAAUGGACCAUUUGAAGAGACACGGAGAUCGUGCAAAGCUUCAAUUCGCUGGGCACUCCCUUGGGGGCAGUCUCUCCCUUUUGGUUCAUCUGAUGCUCUUGACUAACAAGGUUGUCAGUCCCUCCACUCUACGACCAGUUGUGACUUUUGGCUCACCAUUUGUAUUCUGUGGAGGCCAUCAACUUAUCAAUGAGCUAGGCCUAGAUGAGAGCCACAUCCAGAGUGUGAUAAUGCAUAGAGAUAUUGUUCCCAGGGCCUUCUCCUGCAAUUACCCAAAUCAUGUAGCUGUAGUCCUUAAGCGCUUAAACAGCUCAUUUCGGUCACAUCCUUGUCUGCUGAAAAAUAAGUUGUUGUACUCACCACUGGGUAAAAUAUUCAUUCUCCAACCCGAUGAGAAGACAUCUCCUCCACAUCCUUUACUCCCUCGAGGAAGUGCCUUCUAUGCCCUGGACGAUACUAAACGUGGAUACUCUCCAAGUGUUCUUAAAACCUUCCUGAAUCAACCACACCCCAUUGACACCCUAAGUGAUCCGACGGCAUAUGGUUCAGAAGGCACAAUUCUGAGAGACCACGACUCCAGCAACUACCUUAAAGCCGUUAAUGGAGUCUUGAGGGAACAUUCUAAGAUUCUCGUUCGCAGAGUGAGGAGGCAAAGGAUUAAUCAUUUGUGGCCACUGUUGUCAUCACCAUCUCCACACUCCUGGAGCCAUGAACAGAACUUGGAGAGAUGCAGCUUGAUGACAAAGGAGAUAGUGACAGGGGUUUAA